GUGACGGGGGCAACGUUGCGUUCAGUCCGACCAUUUCCAAGAUGGCGAAGUGCGCGUGACAUCCAUCGUCGGUCGGUCCGUGUUUCGUUUUCGAAUUUUUCGCUGUUGUUUUAGUUUUUUCUCAAAUUUUUUUUUCUCCCUUCUGGUUCUUGAUUAUUUCGCAAAUAGUUUUGUUACAAAUGACUCGAUCCCGCCCGGUAGUACACGUGUGUUCGCAAACGAAUUGAAUUUGGUGACUUUGAUGGAUAUAAUACAAUGCCAAGACGACGGAACGGAGAGAUACCGUUGCCCGAUGGCUGGGAUUUCGCCAGAGACUACGACGGAAAAGUGUACUUCAUUGACCACAACUCCAAAAAGACCACUUGGAUCGACCCCAGAGACAGGUAUACCAAACCCCAAUCAUUUGCCGAUUGCAUUGGCAAUGAAUUACCUCUUGGUUGGGAAGAGUCCAUCGAUCCUGUCAUCGGGGUCUAUUACAUUAACCAUUUCAACCAAUGUACCCAAUUGGAGGACCCGAGGUUGGAGUGGAGAGCUGUACAAGAAGCCAUGUUGAGGGAUUACCUUCACACGGCUCAAGACGUAUUAGAGGCUAAAAAAGAAAUUUACGAUAUCAAACAGCAGAGGUUGUACUUGGCCCAAGACGAGUACAACCACCUCAACAAUGCUUUAUCCACACUAAAUACGUCUAGAACUAGUCUUUGUUCAAGCUCUAGUAACAUAAGUACAAAAUAUGAUCCUGAUUUGCUCAAGUCGGACGUCGCUCAUGCCAGAGAAAGGGUAACCAGAUUGAAACGUGAGCUAGAACAGAUCGGUGUAGAAAUGUCUUGUACCCGAAGAGGAGUCGAAACCCUUUCAAAUGUCGAACAAAAAUUAUCAAAUGACGGAAGCCGUUACAACGUUGUUGAAGCUCAAGCUAUCGUUACUGAACUGCGAGAGAUUCAACAGUCUUUGAGCUCCGGACAAAGGGAGCGUACCGGUCUAAUGCAGUCCUUGGCCAAACUCAAGGACGAUCUUACUAGGUUGCAACUUUGUUCCGCCACUGACGACCCUGAUUUUCAAACACAGCACUCGUCCACUCAGCUCAGCGACAAACUCAGCACGGCCUCACAGACGGAUCUAUCUGGCGAAUUGAUGCCAAUGGGUACGAGACUAGCUGAAAUGGCACGCAUGCGACUCGAGUAUGACGAGGCACGGAAGCGUAUCCAAAGUAUACAGCAGCAGUUGGCCGACCUCGAAGAAAAAGUUAUGCCCGGCCAAGAAGAGUCAGACAAGGAUCGCUUGCUGCUGUUCCAAGAAAAAGAACAACUCUUGCGAGAACUGAGGAGUAUAACACCUCGGUCACGCAGUCAUCAAGAAAUGAGCGACAUUCAGGGUGAAAUCAAGAAGCUUGAACAAGAUUUAAACAACUGUUUAGAAAUGUCGAAUAGAGCCAUUACUGAUAGAUUAAGGUUGCACGAAGAAAAACAAUUAUUGUUGCAACAACUCAAAGAAGCGUUACGAUCAAUGACACAACUGGAAUCUCAACUAAAAACACUGUCGGCCUCUACGCUGUCUGUAAGUUCGAGUUCGAGUUUAGGAUCCUUGUCUACGACCAGUAGUAAAGGCUCACUCAGUAGCGGAUUGAGUUUUACCGAUAUUUAUGGAGGACCUCAAUGCUUGGCUCCGGCUACCUACGAUAGGCCUGUAGACAUGGCCGACCUUCAUAAAAGAGUCGAGAGGCUUUUGCGCGACGACAUUCAACCUCCGGCCUAUGAAAAUAUGGGCGAAACGUCAAAUGUUGUGCCCAACGUAACUGGUAUUCCAUUUACUCGGAAUUGCCGACCUUCGAGUCCGCCGUUGUCGCCCAUAUCUGAGACACCUCCUCGAAGUGUUUCGGCUGCAGUUAGCGACGAGUCGGUAGCGGGCGAUUCUGGUGUAUUUGAAGCUAGCCAUAAGUCAAACUUUAAUGCCGAAACGUCGCAAGUUCAAAUCAGACUUAAGUAUUCAAUAGCCGACCAAGUGUUGCACGUGUGCAUAGAGCGAUUACGUAACGUUGUUGCACUGUCUGUUGCGGAAUCAUGGCAGCUAUACGUAAAAAUUGUACUCUUACCGAGUAGUUCUAAUCCUUCAUUGAGCGGUUGCACAAAGCCAAUAUCGGAUCUGUCGAAACCGAGGUUUGGUGAUAGUUUUGCGUUUAAUUUACCAUCCAACAAGCUUUGUACGAAAACGCUUCAAGUCAAUGUUUGGGGACUAGGUCCUGAAGACGCAACCGAAUGUUUGGCGUGCGCUCAAGUCAGUCUGGCGGAAUUUAAUGAGACGGAGAACAAUUCUUGGUGCAAGUGGUAUAACUUGCUUAGUUUGAAGUUUAUGCACAGCAGCGGAUCGUUACCUUCAAUUUUGCUCAAAGAUGACGGAGGCGGAUCCGACGAUUCUACUAUAAUAUCAUCUCAAACGUCAACACUCACUCGUAAUCAAGGCUGUUGUGACGAAAACGAACCUAAGUUCAUUAACGUGGACAACUUGAACGAAAACCAAGGGGAAUAUGAUGACGGCGAUUCCGACGACAGUGUGAGCGAUGACGAAGAUGAUGACGAUUGCGAUGAAGACGAUGAGGAUAUUGAAGUCUAUCAUUUAGAAACUGAUAAAAAAGAGCAACUAGAACAAGUGUUGGAAGUACCUGACCCGGAAGCCGAUAGGGAAGACAAGCAAACAAAUACCGAUUGUGCCUUUAGCGUUAGUACCAAUGAAAAUAACAGGGUACCUACGAUAGUAGUCAAGCGAUCUCAAACGUUCUCCCCAACUGCCAAAAACCAAUAUAUUUGUAAAUUGAAUCGCAGCGACAGUGACAGUGCCAUGAAUUUGUACAGGCGACACAUAUCGUCCAGUGCCAGUAUGAAAGGGAUCGGAGGCAGUAAUGCCGAUAUAGCGUUCCGCCGUAAUUGCUUGGAACGGCGGUCUUUGCGUGUUGGUCGAGUGGCGGGAGCUUCGUCCAGUAGUUAUGUGCCAUCUGCUUGUGGCGGCACGUCUUGGUGCCGUCCACCUAGGACGUCCAUCGAUCUGGAACUGGACAGACAAGCCCAGCAUGCGAGGCUGUUGUCGCUCAACGAUGAAAUAUUAAGACUCAAGCAACUUAAAAAUACAUUGGAAAUUGCCAAAGAAACCGGCGACACGGAUGUGGCUGCUUGGGUUUUAGAGGAUGAAGAGUUUCAGAAUCUUGUCAAAGAGGCUGGAGACAAAACUCUUGACGAAAAGAAAGUUGAACGCCGGUUGAAGAGAGCUUCGCAAAAAUUGUACAAUUUGAGAAAAAGCAAAGCCGGCCAAGGAAAACCGGACGUUAUUUCUUUCAAAGAAAAAAUGGCGUUUUUCACUCGGCCCGGUGUAUCCGUACCCGUUCCGCCUAGUAAGUCGUCUUUGGAUUCAAAAUCUGCCGAAACCCGAUAUCAGUACACCGUGGAUAGGGUAUAUGGAGUAGAAGUAUAGUUUUAUUUAAAACAAUGUUUUUUUAGUACACUGACACAAUACAAAAAAUCCCACCUGCUGUUAUUUUCUAAGACUUUGAUACUAUAUUAUAUAAUUAUUAUUAUUAUGUACAUAAAAAGAAAAGAUGGAAAUGUUUUGAUUUAUUACACGUCUCGUAAUAAUUUCAAUGUUACAUUUAUUGUUUUUAUUUUCUAGAUAGAUUUUAUUUAUUGUUAUUUUCUUCUUAUUAUUAUUAUUAUAUUGAUAUU